UUUUGUGAAAUCCUUUCUAGUUAAAUUAUUCUACCCGUUUGCUUUAGCUCCAAGUCUAAGAAAAAGCAAGAUGCAGUGUAUGUAAACUCCUUGUUUGGGUCUGCAAGUGAAGAGGAAGUCAGAAAAGAAGCAACGGCCGGUACUAUAAAUGAUUCAACCAAACAGCAUGACAAUAACAAAUCAUCGCCUCAAUUGGGAGACGGACUACAAAGGACCCCGUCAUUUGUAAUUGUACAUGAACCAUUGUAUGGAAAUGCCGGUGAUUUCACGUUGAAGAUUCGGUCUAUACAAAUCCAGGAGCUUCGAGUCUUUACUUUGCAAAGUAAAAAAGACCCGACAGAUAUAUUCAGAAAUUUCUACUCUCUGGACACAGGACUUAAAUACGAAACGUCCGCUGCUCGUAUCGAGGGCAAUGUGCCGAAGAAUCGGUACAGAAAUAUGUAUCCUUAUGACAAAAAUAGGGUUGUUCUGCCUGCUAUUGACGGUGAAGGAUCCGAUUUUAUCAACGCCAGUUUUAUUGAUGGUUAUGGCAAAAGAAAGAAAUACAUCGCAGCGCAAGGACCAUUAGAACGCACGAUACCAGAUAUUUGGCGCAUGAUUAUGGCAGAAAAUAUAAAAGCUGUGGCAAUGGUGACAAAUACAAUAGAAGAGAAAAAGCGGAAGUGCUACCAGUACUGGCCUGAUGAUACGCGCAACCCUUGCAAGCAUGGACAUUUAAAUAUAUCAUUGAUUGAACAAGAGGACUACGCCGACUUCGUAAUACGAAAACUUCAAUGUUCACAUGAACGGUCCAAGAAGGUGCACACGGUUUACCAGUGUCACUUCACUGCAUGGCCCGACAAAAAUGUUCCAGACACAGCUAUAUCGUUGUCACAAUUCUGGCGCAAAGUGCGCUCUUUUGCCGACACUGUGACGAGCCCUUUGCUUGUACACUGCAGCGCUGGCGUUGGGCGAACCGGUACCUUUAUUGCGCUGGAUUAUCUGUACGAUCAAGGGAUCGCGGUGCGCGAAAUAAACGUGUAUGAAGCUGUUAAAGCACUGAGGGAACAACGUAUCAACAUGGUGCAGACAAAGAACCAGUAUCUGUUCUUACAUGACGUUCUGUGUGAAGUAUUAGAUCCGAUCGAAAAGGUUGUCCAGAACAAAGAAUAUCUGACGACAUACUCCGUGAUGAAUAGUGGUAUCGGCAACGAAUUCAAGCGAAUACGCGAGGCCGAAGAAUUUAACGCAACACAAGCCACUAACGAAACGCUUGCUACUGAAGAUCGAUUUAUACCAAUGCUGCUGCAUUCCGCUACAGGAGAUAGCAACUACAUCAACGCAGUCUAUAUAAAUACAUUCCGAGAACGGAACAAAUUGAUCUUAACACCUGGAGCCACAGACGGGAGCACAGACGUUGAUUUCCUGUGGUUACUGCAUGACUAUAAACUUAAAACAGUCGUUGUACUUAAUGAAAAGAUGGAUGCCUAUAUUCCCGAUCAAGGCAAAAAUACUGUAACCGGACCAUUCAGUGGGAAACUGGUUUCAAAAAGCACACAAAGUCAUUACGAGGAGCUAGUUGUAAAAUAUCAAUAUUAUGCAGAGCACGAAAGUUUUGAUGUUCGAUUUCUCCUCUUCUCGUCGUGGCAAAAGGAGACCAAAGUGUGCAAGAUAUCAGAUAUAAUGCAUUUGUUGAUUGGUGCCCAAGACCUUACGACUGAUUGUCCAAUGGUUGUCCAGUGUCGUGACGGAUACACCCGCAGUGGUCUGUUCGCGGUUUUGUGGUGUAUUGUAGAGAGGAUUAAACGGGACGGGGAAGUGGCCGUGGCAGAAAGCGUUAGGAUGGCCAAGCGUCGAUGUCAUCGAAUUAUUCCUAAUGAGGAGCAGUAUCGGUUUUGUCACGAAUUCGCAAAGCACUAUGCGGAUGGCUGCAAUACAUACGAAAAUACAGAGGACGGAAUCAGAGCAAAAAAUUAAAUUAAUAACAACCUGCCCCUUAUACACAAAACCUUUCUUGACAUUCGUGAGUUAAGCACCGAACGGGUGAUACAAUCUAUGAUAAUCAUGAAAUAGUGCAAAUAGUGUAUGUAUAAAAACUAAAAACAUUGCUUUACAGCAAAUACUGUUCGUAUUAAAGUGAAAUUGUUUCGAUACUGAGAGUUAAUUCAAUUAUGAAGAAGAAAAUACAAGAAUUACGGGUAGAACAACACUCGUCAAAAGUUUGGCACCUUGAUAUAAAUUAUCAACAAAACAUAAUAGCCAAAACUUUUGAAAGGAUCUGAACUUAAAUAUAAAUACAUGCUUUUUUUAAUAGUUAUGUUUAUUAGCAUAGUAUAAAUGUAAUGAGGAAAUUAAAUGAUAAAUGCAACGAUCGUUUAUGAAAAACUUAUAAAAUAGUAUCCCAUGCUCGCAAAUAUUUUACUAAAAUUCCAUAAAUUGUAUUAAGUUGUAUUCGUUUUUUAUAGAAGUGAUAGUUAAUGUCAGCUUGGAAUUGGUUGUCUCACUUUAUCAUUAUUUGAACGAAUCUGAAUUAUUCCUGGGUUAUUCAAACUUUGUGUUUCUAUAUUAAAUUGCUGUUGUUGGUUUGCAGUGUUACUCUUCGCAUUAUAUGUUAAAAGUUGUUUUUCAAAUAGUCUAUGCAAUGCUAUUUAUUAACAAUAAUUGAUGUGAUAUAUUUUAUACACAGUCUCUAAUUAAAUGAUUCCUACUAUAAAGUAAAAUUUUAUUCAAAUCGUUCAAAUAUGAAUUUAUAUUUUUUUUAAAUUCAUAUUUAUUUUUUGUUAAAUUAGUAAAGCAUCGUUAGCCUAUACUUGAUAUGUUAUCUUUAAAUCAAUCAAUGUUCAUAGGUUUAUAUCUCCUAUCAAUUGCAAUAUUAAUAUUAAGACAUGUGCAUGAUGAAGUACAUUUAAUCUGCGUGCGAGCAUUCAGAUGCGCUCAAUCGGCAAACACAUUUGUUCAAAACUUCCUGUUUGUAACUUAACUAUUUUUAGAUUUGAAAACUGUAUUCAUCGUUGCGUUAUGACCCACACUUAAGACAUGAUUUAUGCAGGCGAUUGUAAAGUAGACACUUCCGCAUGUAAAUUAACCUCUCCGAUAUUAAGUUACUGAAGUAUAAUGUGAUAAUGGUAUGAAGCUUACAGUAUGAAUAAUAUUAACCUUCAUAUCAGGAAGAGAAAAGAUUCGUUGUUAUAUGUAUGGCUGAUCUAAUGAUCAACUUAGCAAUCUACGUCGAUUGUAGUGUGAUAGCAUAAUUGUUAAUAUAAUACAUUAGCCAAUGCUUUAAAUAACCGUUUGCUUGUGUGUGUUUUUUUGCUAUCCAGAUUUAAUCGUAUUUACAUGUUGAAGGAUACCGUCCAUCUUAUAUAUACGUAUGCGGUUCGUGCAUAAUGCAUAAUUGAUUCGAUACUUAAUGAAAAUAAAAUGUAAUGGAGUAAAGCAAUUGUAUAUUUAUGCAAACAUUAAUUUUCAUUAAACGUGUAAAUAUUGUGUUUGUUUAAAAGACUAACUUGGCAUUAUUUUGUAAAACCCCAAAACAACGUAUAUCGUAGUCGCUUUGUCCGUCCGUCAGUGGGUGGGUAGCUCUAUUGGGGGUAAAAUGGAUGCUCAAUCGUCCGAAAUCGUUUGCGCUGCAUGUCUCCAAUAAGGUUACUGUUUUACAACUUAGGUGGAUCUUGAUGUAUCUGAGACUGUCAUUCCCAUGACAAGUCUAUGUGCCCAGUACCAGUCACUCAACAAUUAAAUGUCAAAGGUCUUGCAUGUCUGGUUUCCACGUUUAUGGAUGGAUUUUGAUAUACCUGUAGUUACUUGUGAAUUCACAUCGACCUACAUCGAGCUAUUAUGCCCUCGUAAAUGUCAAUUCUAAAAGGUGUUUUAUCUUUAAUAUUUUUAAAUGCUUAAUAGAUGAAUUACGUUAUAACUACAGACAAUUAUUCCACAUGAACGUACCCUGAGUCGCAAACAUUGCCAAUGCAUUGUAGGUAAAUGUCAAGGUAAAAACUUCAGGUCGUGAACGUUGAUGAAAGCUAGUUUCUUGUUAAGAUCUUAUAAAAGAUUUAUUACUUCAAAGUAUUAUAUCCAGUUACAAAUAAAUUAAUUGUGUAUAAUACCCAACGCAAUCGGUGAAAUGUUACGGUCAUGGUUCAAGGUAAAAUGACUUUUAUUCAUGAUAUUUGAAAAUAUUUUUAUGGAAUGAUCAUUAUUAAUCGGCAACUUAUCACAGAUAAGAAAUGUGUAUACUGAUAUAAUGUGAUAAUGUGUUUUCAUGGCAUAUAUUUAACUUUUGUUGUUAUGUUUCGAUGCCACUCUCAGAGAUGAUAUGAUUCUUGUACAAAUGUCACAAACUGUAAAAAGACUUGUUUACUUCAUCUAAAUUGUCAUGUGUUUGUGUUUUGUAAAUAGUGUAUAUGCUUAAUUUGCACUUCAUAUGGUAACAUACCUACUUACUAAAUAUUUUUGUUUAUUUUUAUUUUUUUUAAACGCUUAAAUUUGUUUAUUAUGUAGUUGUAUUAAAUGAAGUAUUUUAGCUUUCCUAAAAUGUUAGUGUUGUUGUGUAUAUUCCCAGUUGUUGGUGAAAUUCCUUAUGCGGAAUAAGAAACCGUUGUUCACGAAUGGUCAGAAGA